GGCUCACCACGUUUUUAGGCAGCCAAUCCAAUAAAAAGAAAAUACACGCCCAUACUAAAAAGGCAAGAUUCCCUUUAUUUCCUCCGAGAGAAAAAUAAGAAAAAAGAAAAAUGAACUUUCUUUCUGCUCUUUUCUUGAUCACUCUCCUCUUCUUUAACCUUUCUAUUUCUUCCUUUUCUUCUUCUUCUGAUAUCUCUAAGCUCUUUGAGAGUUGGACCAAAGAACAUGGAAAAACAUACACUUCAAAGGAAGAUAAGUUGUAUAGAUUCAAAAUCUUCGAGGAAAAUUAUGAAUUUGUAAAGAAACAUAACAGCCAAGGUAAUUCUUCUUAUACCCUUUCUCUCAAUGCCUUUGCUGAUCUCACCCACCAUGAAUUCAAAGCUUCUCGCUUGGGCCUCUCUGCCUUUUCAACCUCCGGGAAGCUUUCCCGUCGGAAUUUUCCAUUGCAUGAUUUCGUUGGCGAUGUUCCUAUAUCAAUUGAUUGGAGAAAGAAAGGGGCUGUUUCUCAGGUCAAAGAUCAAGGGAAUUGCGGUGCUUGUUGGUCGUUCUCAGCCACAGGAGCUAUUGAAGGCAUAAAUAAGAUUGUUACUGGAUCUCUCGUUAGCCUCUCGGAGCAGGAGUUAGUUGAUUGCGACAGAUCUUACAAUAAUGGUUGUGAGGGUGGACUAAUGGACUAUGCCUACCAGUUUGUCAUAGAAAACAAUGGGAUUGACACUGAGGAAGAUUAUCCAUAUCAAGCACGGGAAAAGACCUGCAACAAGGAAAAGUUGAAAAGGCAUGUGGUAACCAUUGAUGGAUACACUGAUGUGCCCCAAAACAAUGAGAAAGAGUUAUUGAAAGCGGUUGCAGCUCAACCUGUAAGUGUCGGUAUAUGCGGCAGUGAGAGAGCAUUUCAGUUGUACUCAAAGGGAAUUUUCACUGGUCCAUGUUCAACUUCUUUGGAUCAUGCUGUAUUGAUUGUAGGAUAUGGGUCAGAAAAUGGUGUAGAUUAUUGGAUUGUGAAGAACUCAUGGGGAACACACUGGGGAAUAAAUGGUUAUAUGUACAUGCUACGCAACAGCGGCAAUUCUCAAGGGCUCUGUGGUAUCAACAUGCUGGCUUCAUUUCCAGUGAAGACCAGCCCUAAUCCCCCUCCUCCAGCUCCACCAGGACCCACUAAAUGUGAUCUUUUCACUCGAUGCGGAGAAGGGGAAACUUGCUGUUGUACUCGCCGCAUUUUUGGAUUAUGCUUUUCGUGGAAGUGUUGCGAAUUGGAUUCAGCUGUGUGUUGCAAGGACGGGCUCCACUGUUGCCCCCAUGACUAUCCAGUUUGCGACACAAAAAGGAACAUGUGCCUUAAGUUUCCUGGUAAUGCCACAAGAAUGGAAACAGUUGCAAAGAAAAGCUCCUCUGGGAUGUUUGGCAGUUGGAAUUCCCUUCUUGAAGGUACAGCUAUUGCAAAAGGCCACCCUAGGAUUGCUGGAGUAAUUGUGUGCCAAGACAAUAUCAUAUCCUUCAGGCACCAAAAUUAAAACACACGCAAAAAAAAAUGAAAAAGAACACCAGAAAAGAGGUGAGAACAUCAUUCUGCCUGGAUAAUUAGGGGUUGCUGCAGGGACCUUGAUGAUUUCUCUCUAGACCUGUCAUGGGCAUGGAAAAACAAGCCCUGUGCACCUAGACAGAACUCUUUUAACAACUGGCAGUGUGAAUGUGAAUUUACCAUAAGAGUCCCAAUUGGAACUUGUUGACUUCUUCCAGUAUCGAACUCUUCACCCAAAUUUAUCAGGCACUCUGUCCAGUUCUGCCAUUGAUGAUGAGUCUCUGCCAUUGAUGAUCGUCGUUUAUCAAAUUUGUAAACUGCCAAAGUACGUAAAUGAGAAUAUGAUGCUGUUCCAGCCUGAGACAUAAUUCAAUCAUUCA